GACAAUUCUCUAAAGAACAAAAUCUACCUGGCAAGUAGAAACACACAUGGUGUUACCGCAAACCAAAUAUUAUAGUGUUUCCAUUUAGCUGUUGGUCAUAGCAAGUACACGCAAACAAAUUUACUAUGGUUGAUUGCAUGGACGGCAUAGAUUGUCAAAAUUACAGUCAUUGCCCUAAUGAAUCUAAUGUUGUCAAAGCUGGGCCUAUCGUCCGCGAUGUGAUCUUUCUGAUCAUCGGGAUUAUAGGUAACUUUUGCCUCCUUACGAUCAUCUUCAAAAAAAUGCACUCAGUUCCAAACUAUCUCAUCGCCAACCUAACCGUUGUGGACACGGGUUUUUUACUUUUGUAUAUACCCGGCGAGAUCGUACGCAGCUUGGGCGAAAAUCGCAAGGACUUUGCCUUUAUCCGGAGUGAUCUCGCCUGCAAAGUUUUUGAAUAUUUCAAGUUAGUGUUUAUGGGCGUUUCCAUUCUUACGCUGACAGCAUUGAGCGUUGAUCGUUAUUUAGCAGUAUCGAAGCCUUUAGCAUUUAGGAGUGUGCGAAGCGGACGGCAGAGGUUAUGCGCUGUGAUAUCAGGUAUAGCUAUAAUCUGGAUGGGUGCAUUUGCUGUCUCUUCCCCUAAUUUGAUCAUGGCUAAACACAGUAGUAGCACAUAUGAUUGCUCUGUGAGUAUAAUUCAUGAAAACUUCGCGCCGUAUGUAUACAGCUCAGCAGCGUUGUACCUAGUGGCACCAACGUGUAUCAUAGUAUUCAGCUACUGCUGUAUGGCAAAAAGUCUGCUUAAAAGGAACGAUCUUUUAGCGAGCGGAGCGGGGAAUUCGAGAGUGUCCUCGCGGCAGCGUCACCAGCGAGUGCGUCUAGCCGUUGCUGUUAUCAUAAUCGUUAUUGUGUUUGUGGCAACGUGGAGCACGUAUUACAUAACUGAACUCCUACGCCACUAUCAUCUCCAUGUUUAUUGGGAAUGCUGUUGUCCUAAGUUGCACACUUGGUUCGAGGUGUUACACAAUAUGGCAACAAUAUUAUUACGGAUUAAUCCGGUAAUUAAUCCAAUUAUUUUGUUCACAGUCAGCUCGUCGCAUAGAUACUACGCCAGACAAAUAUUCUGUUGUUGUCUUCCAGACAAAUCGAAAAAACACAAGUAUGGUAAAAGCAUUUCCAUGACUACUAAUAUCACGGGCGAAAGCCGGUUUCACAAAAAUAGCGAAACCCAAAAGACAAGGCGAGAAAUGCAAGUUUCGCAUUGCCUAUAGAGACUCUUUUAAACACUUUAAAAAAUCACGGUUUUCUACUUCGAGUUGGCUGCAGUGAAUAAGACAAUAUUCGACUGAUUUUAUUAAAACUGAGUUUAUUCGAUGUACACCAAGUGAUUUUGAGGUAUGGCACAACGGACACAAUACCAACGGACACAAUACCAUGACACUGUUAGUGUUGUUGGUGUAUACACCCAAAUUCCAACAGUGUAUUCUUAGAGUGACCACAUCCAAAUGCUUAUAGUCCCCUUGCACAACGCGGAAUUCCCCUCAGAACAAUGCGCGUCUACCAUUUCCUUCAAUUUGAGAGUCAGUUCCUUUGCAGUCUCGCUAGACCAUGAGCCAUUUUGAUGUUGGAUGCAAUACUGUGACACUAUAAUCAAACCAAACAAUGCACUCCUCUGGUUUCCAUCAUACUUCAAAAGGCUAAUGGCAGUGCGCGCAAUGCGCGUCUCUCGAGCAAUGCAUCCUUGAAACAAAAAAGAAAAUGGCGCGACGAGAUCGUACACCACUGGAGACGAGGUUGAUUCCUUUGUGAAUGUUUGUGCACGAUUUUUACUCCCAAAAUGGCGAGCGGGAUAUGUGCGCUGUGCGUCGUGCAAGGGGUCACUUCCAAUGGUCUGCUAAAGUGGACCAUUUAUGUAUUGCAUGGUCUAGAGAUUCAUAUUAUUGUAUACCAAUUUAAAGGCACUGGGACUGGACACCUUUGGUAAUUGUCAAAGACCAUGUAUAAUCACUUGGUGUAUCCCAAA